AUCGAGUCUUAGAAUGCCGACUAAUUGACUAGGACACUCAUUGCCAAUUUCAAGGUACAAGGACAAGCAAAGCCCGUUCACAUAUAGGAUGACCAUCGAGACCAUCGGAGUUGCAAUUCUGGGGGGAGGCAUCUUUGCCCGGGAGGAGCACGUGCCAGCUGUUGAUGCCGUCAAGAACCUCACCCUCAAGGCGGCUUGGUCAAGAUCGCUCAAAUCGGUAAAGACUCUGGAAGUGGACACGUCCAAGGUGGACCUUUAUUCUGAAGACAGCGCACCUGGAAAGCAACUCGACGAUUUGCUCGCACGCUCCGACAUUACAGCUGUCAUCAUUGCACUUCCCAUCAAAAACCAGCCAGAGUACAUUCGCAAAUCCUUGCUAGCGGGCAAACAUGUCCUGUCCGAGAAGCCUGUCGCAGAGAACGUUGUCGAGGCGGCAGAGCUGAUCGAAUGGUAUCAUGCCGAGAUAACUACGAAGGCUGAUACAACCUGGGCCGUUGCUGAAAAUCAACGUUACCUCGAUUCCUUUGAAAAGGCUGCCAAUGCAGUGAAAACCAAGGGACGACAAUUGACCUUUCGAUUGCGAAUGCAGACUCUCGUGACCGGUGGCAAGUACUUUGAAACUUCCUGGAGGAAAGUACCUACUCACCAGGGUGGCUUUUUGCUCGAUGGGGGCGUCCAUUUCGUUGCAGGUUUGAGAUACUUACUCGGAAAGGGUAAUCCUAUUGUGACUAUUUCGGCGCACUCCGCUCAGUUACAAGACCACCUACCUCCAGUCGACACCGUCGAGGCAACAGCCAGAACCAAAAAUGGCGCCAUAGGAACGCUAUCCAUCUCGUUUGGGACAACUGCCAAGGGAACAGAGUGGACAAUUGGUGCUGAAGAUGGGGUCGUCUCAAUUAUCGAUAGCGACCUGACCAUCGACGGCAACAAGCAAGACUUCACCAACGAACGGAGUGGAGUGCCUCCUGAAGUGAGGGCUUGGGGUGAGGCUUUGGCUGCUGGCAGCAUUGAUGCAAGACAGACACCGGAGGAAGCCCUUGCCGAUCUGGAAUUAAUUGAGGCCAUGCUAGUCAGUGGUGGAAAACCUGUGGAAUUGAAAUACCAGGACGUGUAAGCUUGGUGGUAAUGCUGCAAUUGUGCAUGUAUCUGAGAUGAGCAUCUACAGCAAAAAUUUUGGGCUUUCUCUCGCGGGAGGAAGCGGGCAUGAGUCAAGGCUCGAUAUAUCACGUGACAGAU